GAUCCAAGGGUGGAGUUGGGUGUCCGCAGCGCCUCCUGGAGGCCGCGGGACGCUCACGCAGACACUGGGCGCGCUGGGAGGGAACAUGGAGGGCUUCCGCCACUUCUCCCCGCGGCGCUACAGGAACCUCUGGGACACCUCGCCGCCGGCCGCAGAGAGCAGGUCCCCCAUGCGGCUGGAUGGGCCCGAAUCCAAACCGGCCUCGGGCCCCUGGGGCUGUACGUCGGAUUCGCGGAGUGAGGCGGCAGAGUCGCAGCUGUCUCCCGGGUGUUCGUUCACGCCGCGGCCUCGCAGGCGCUGGUACAACACCUCGCCGCUGGAAAGCCGAAGCCUGACUCGCUUGACCCGGAGGCCCCCAGACCGCGUCCGGAAGCACCGAUUGGGCAGCCGACGCCUAGAAGAAGCCUGGAGGGAGGACGGGACCAAGCCCCGUUCGGCCUGGCAGCAGCAGCUCCAUCUGCAACCCCAACAGACUCAGUCCUGCCAACGCUGUUCUUCCAUCCAGACAGAUUCGCCCCCGCGGUACCCCGGGGGAGCUUCCAAUCCCCCGAGUGUGGCUUCUGGGGUAGGGAAAGCACCGAGUGAAGACCAGUGGGCAGUGCCGAUCUGCAGCCAUGUAGGUCGCUGGUCCUCUUCCUCUUUACACACAGACAAGUCCUCCGUACCUUCCCAAGAGUUAAGGACCCAGUCGGCCUGUUUGUACACCCAGCAAAGAGACUGUAACGAUUUGAUGGAGUCCUUAGCCAGUCAGUAUCCCCAGCCCAUGGUCUCCAGCAAAGACCCGCAGAACCAGAUUCUCAAGUGCAAGCUGGAAGAGACGGUGAUGUCCUCGAGGGACCAGAAGAUCGUGUCCCUAGUGCUAAACCGGCUCCAGAAAGCCCAAAGAAUGCGGGAGCUGCAGCAACAGGCGGCAGUCGCUUGGGAGGAGCUGAAGCGCUCAGACCAAAAGGUCCAGAUGACCCUGGAGAAAGAGCGCCGGCUGCUGCUGCAGCAGAGUCAAGAGCAGUGGCAGCAACGGAAGGAGCGCAAGGGUCGCCGAGGCCGCGAACAUCACUGCCGGCGGCGGGACGGCCACUCGAAGAACGCGAUCCAGGAGGAGAGUUGGUGGGAGUCCCAACUGCAGGACCCCGAGAACCAGCGUCUAGCGAGGAUGGAGAGGGCGCGCAUGGAGGCCGAGCACCGCAAGCAGUGCCAAGCUCAGCGCCUGCGAGAGCAGGAGAGGUUACUGCAGAGCUUGCGGGAACUGAACAACCUGCAGCUGCGGAAGAGGCUGGAGGAGGCCUGUCACAAAAGGCAGUUGCACUCGAUGGACACCAAGAAGGUCCAGGAGACCAACCUGAGCUCCCUCGUCAAUUAUCAGGCCCGCAAGGUGCUCAUGGACUGCCAAGCCAAGGCCGAGGAGCUCCUCAGAAAGCUGUCGCUGGAGCAGAAUUCCAUGCGGUCCCAAGAGAUCCACCAGGGCCUGCUGAAGGGGCAGUACCGACAGCUGAAGGAGAAGGCCCAGAAGGAGGAAGGGCAGUUCCAACAGGUCAAGUGUCACGCCGUAGAGUCGGAGGAGCAGAGGCAGAUGCACAAGAGGAUCUUAUUGGAGCUAGCCGAGCAGAAGAGCCAGCAGGAGAGGAGUCACGCACACAGGACCCCCAGGGACAAGGCACAGCGCCUCCGGGAGCUCAACAUCCUGCGGGAGAAGAAUCAUCACAUUCUGAAGCUGAAAGCCGAAAAAGAGGAAAAGUGCCACAUUGAGGGCAUCAAGGAAGCCAUUAAGAAAAAGGAGCAGAAAAUGGAGCAGUUCUCCCGCGGGAAAGAUCCCACCUUGUCAGAGUUUCAGAAGGGCUCUCUCACCUCCAGGAGAGAGAACGGCAGAGGGCUUCCCAUCAGCUGCUUUGACCAGAGGACAUCAGAGGCCCAGCUGUGUGCCCAUCAGCCGAGAGGGGGCUAUUGAGAACUGAGGACAAAAAGCUUCAGCCCCAGCAGCCAGAGAGAGAUGUGGCCAAGCGAUUCGGGUUUAUAAUCUGAUUAUAAUUAUUGAUUUUUAAAAGUAUAUAAAAUAGCUGCAAUUUCCUCUCA